UGAAGGAAUAAAGACAGAGGAGACAGAAGUGAGGAAGAACUGCAGGAUGUAUCAUCAAUGGUCGAAGGAAAACAAGGAGAAAAUAAACAACUGAUUCAAGAAAGAAGAGAGUGCAACUGAUUCUACAUUUAAAGAAAAAGGAGAAAGAGAAACACACAGAGGCAGAUGGCCUCUGAUGGAGACAUGAACAUAUUCAAAGCAGAAGGCAGAAAAAACUGGUAUCCUCUAUUUGAAUUAGGAUUGUAGGUUUCAUCUCAUUCUGGAUAUCACUUACAGUCUGUGGAGUUGAUGAAAACUGCUAACAUGUCAUAUGAAAAGUAUUGGAGAAGAAAACCUUUGAACACUUUAACGUUUCUGAUAAUCAUGAUGAAUGUCUUCAGUGUUCUUAGCUUCACAUGUCAUCCUGCUGAGUACUUAAUUGGGAAAGAAUGUUGUCCUAAGUGUCCUCCUGGAAGUCUAGUGGAAACAGAUUGUACAGAGUACAGAACUACAUCCUGUCUGUCCUGUAUUGAUGGAAGCUUCAUGCAUGUACCAACAGCACGUAGAGAGUGCUUCUUCUGUAUAAACUGUGAUUCAGGUUCUGGUUUGAGGAUAAAGACAUCAUGCACAACAUUAUCAAAUACAGUUUGUGAACCUCUGGAUGGAUUCUAUUGUACAGACUCUGAUAAAGACAACAAACACAACUGUAUAGCAGCACAGAAACACAAAAGCUGUGAACCAGGACAAUAUAUCAGCCACAAAGGAACGGCCUUCACAGACACUGAGUGCACUCACUGCAGUAAUGACACAUUUUCAGAUGGGACAUCUACAUCUUGUCAGUCACAUACAAAAUGUGAUUCACCAAAUCUUCAGCUGAUAAAAGCAGGAACUGCUUCAACUGAUGCACAAUGUGGAGAACAUAGUUCAAACACAGCAGUAAUUCUGGUCCCUGUCAUUGGGGCAGUUGUUGUGACACUUCGAGCAAAAGCAGACCUGACUGCAAACACUAAGUCAAAGUACUCCAAACGGACUUCAACUCCCAUCAUGCUCUGCUCAACUUCGUGCGCCUAA